AUGGCUUCAACGCCUCCACACUGUUCAAUCACAGCGACAAAGCCGUAUCAAACCCACCGAUACCCACAAAACCAGCACCUAAAAUCUCAGCGCCAGAGCCGCCAAAGCAAUCAAUGGACGAAGCAACAAGUUUCUCUCCCAAAGCCUUUGCCUUUACCAUCCCAAGCACCACGCACUGCCGCAAAAACACCCACUGCCACACCCACUUCCUCCUUUUCCUCUCUCUGCCCUCUCCCUCAUCCAAAAUCCGAUCUUGUCACCGCUUUUUCGGGCCGCCGCUCCACCCGAUUCGUCUCCAAAAUGCACUUGGGCCGCCCCAAAACUACCAUGGGAUCCUACCGCUCUCCUCUCGCCGAGGAGGCCCUGCACCAAGCCGUCCAAUUCGGUAACGACGAUCUUGCUCUUGAUGAUAUUUUGCUUAGUUUUCACUCCAAGCUUUGCGGGUCUGAUGAUUACAUUUUUUUAUUUCGAGAGCUUGGGAAUAGAGGUGAGUAUUGGAAAGGGAUUCGGUGCUUUGAGUUUGCAGUGAGGCGUGAGAAAAGGAGAACUGAGCAGGGGAAAUUGGCUAGUUCUAUGAUUAGUACUCUUGGUAGGUUAGGAAAGGUUGAGCUUGCUAAGAAUGUGUUUCAAACGGCUGUUAAUGCGGGGUAUGGAAAGACUGUUUAUACGUAUUCAGCGUUGAUUACCGCUUAUGGGCGAAAUGGGUAUUGUGAGGAGGCUAUCAGAGUGUUUGAGUCGAUGAAAGAUUCGGGCUUGAAGCCGAAUUUGGUUACUUACAAUGCAGUGAUUGAUGCGUAUGGAAAAGGGGGAGUGGAGUUUAAGAGGGUAGUGGAGAUUUUCAACGAGAUGCUGAGAAAUGGGGAGCAACCGGAUCGAAUCACUUAUAAUUCGCUCCUAGCGGUUUGUAGUCGAGGCGGGCUGUGGGAGAUGGCUCGAAACUUGUUUAGUGAAAUGGUGGAUAGAGGAAUUGAUCAGGAUAUUUAUACGUAUAAUACCCUUAUAGAUGCGAUUUGUAAAGGUGGGCAGAUGGAUUUGGCAUAUCAGAUUAUGUCCGAGAUGCCUUCCAAAAAUAUUUUGCCCAAUGUGGUCACUUAUAGUACUAUUAUUGAUGGGUAUGCUAAGGCUGGUAGAUUAGAAGAUGCACUAAGUUUAUUUAAUGAAAUGAAGUUUUUGGCCAUUGGUCUGGAUAGAGUUCUGUAUAAUACAUUGCUUUCACUUUAUGGGAAGCUUGGUAGGUUCGAAGAUGCUUUGAAGGUUUGCAAGGAAAUGGAAAGUGUUGGGAUUGCCAAGGAUGUUGUAUCUUAUAAUGCACUUCUUGGUGGGUAUGGGAAGCAAGGGAAGUAUGAUGACGCUAAAAGAAUGUACAAUCAGAUGAAAGAAGAACGUGUAUCACCUAACAUAUUAACUUAUUCAACAUUGAUUGAUGUGUAUUCAAAAGGUGGUUUGUAUAUGGAGGCAAUGAAGGUUUUUAGAGAGUUUAAGCAGGCAGGGCUGAAGGCUGAUGUUGUGCUUUAUAGUGAACUUGUCAAUGCUUUGUGCAAAAAUGGACUGGUGGAAUCUGCCGUUCUGUUGCUUGAUGAGAUGACCAAGGAAGGGAUUCGACCUAAUGUUGUCACUUAUAAUUCAAUAAUUGAUGCUUUUGGUCGGUCAGCAACAACAGAAUGUGCAGCUGAUGCUGCUGGUGGCGGCAUUGUGCUACAGACAGAAUCUUCAUCUUCAGUUUCUGAAGGGGAUGCCAUUGGGAUUCAGGUGGGAGAUAGGGGGGAUAACAGAUUUAUGAAGAUGUUUGGGCAACUUGCUGCUGAGAAAGCAGGUUAUGCAAAAACAGAUAGGAAGGUUAGACAAGAAAUCUUGUGCAUUCUGGGCAUCUUUCAGAAGAUGCAUGAGCUAGACAUCAAACCAAACGUUGUCACAUUUUCUGCCAUUUUAAAUGCUUGCAGCCGUUGUAAUUCUUUUGAAGAUGCUUCAAUGUUAUUGGAGGAACUCCGGUUGUUUGAUAACAAAGUUUACGGUGUUGCCCACGGACUUCUCAUGGGCUACAGGGAUAAUGUAUGGGUUAAAGCUGAGUCUCUGUUUGAUGAAGUUAAGCAGAUGGACUCUUCAACUGCAUCUGCAUUCUAUAAUGCUCUGACCGACAUGCUAUGGCACUACGGACAGAAACAAGGGGCGCAACUGGUUGUGCUUGAAGGGAAGCGCCGAAAUGUAUGGGAGAGUGUGUGGUCGAAUUCAUGCUUGGAUUUGCAUUUAAUGUCUUCUGGGGCUGCCCGGGCAAUGGUUCAUGCAUGGUUGCUCAAUAUACGCUCUAUAGUGUUUGAAGGCCAACAACUGCCGAACCUGUUAAGCAUUUUGACAGGGUGGGGCAAGCAUAGCAAAGUAGUAGGUCACAGCACCUUAAGACGAGCUAUUGAGGCGCUUCUUACCAGCAUGGGUGCACCCUUUCGGGUUGCCAAGUGUAACUUGGGUAGGUUUAUAUCAACGGGAUCCAUGGCUGCUGCCUGGUUAAGAGAAUCCGGCACAUUGGAGGUGCUUGUUCUUCACGAUGACAGGACUUGCCCAGAAAGUGCAGAUUUGGAGCAAACCUCCAAUUUGCAAGCCCUCGCCUUGUAG